CUGUGGGUAAAGAAUUUAUCAGACAGGGAACUCACAGAACCAGAGAAGGAUGUCUUAGCCAAGGGACUGAACUUUGCAGUGGCCCCACGGUAUGUACCAGUGGUAGACUUCAUCACAGCCACAGAAUCAUCCAUCCACAACAAUAAGAUACCAGUGGAUGAGGCUGAAAACAUCCGGUUAAAAGUAUCAGCAGCCCUAGCUAAUGCUAAAGCUCCCCCUUCCAAUCUAAGUCUGCAAGAGAGGAGGGCUCUGACAUCACUUGCCAAGGACUCAAGCGUCACCAUCCUGCCAGCAGAUAAAGGAAGGUGUACAGUGGUACUGAAUACAUCAGACUACCAUGCCAAAGUGUCCACACUGCUCAACGAUUCAGACACAUAUGAGCAACUCAAGAGAGAUCCAACAAGCAACUACAAGAAGAAGGUUAUAGACUGCUUGCAGCACCUUGAGAAGGAAAAGGUCAUCAGUCCAGCUUUGUACCGUCGCCUUUACCCAGGCGAAGCCACUCCAUGCCUAUAUGGACUCCCAAAAAUACACAAAGAAGGAGCCCCUUUGAGGCCAAUUGUCAGCAGCAUUAACUGUGUGACUUAUAACAUUGCUAAAUACGUGGCCAACAUCUUAGCCCCCUUAGUUGGAAACACAGUGCACCACAUUCAGAACUCCAUCGACUUUGUCAAAAAAGUGAAGGAGUUAAAGCUGGAGAUCGAUGAUACAAUGGUGUCCUAUGACGUAACAUCUCUGUUCACAUGCAUACCCACUGCCGAGGCAAUUGAUACAGUGAGGAAACGGCUGAAACAAGACACCACCCUCAGCAGCAGAACAAAGCUGACCCCAGAACAAGUUUGUUCCUUACUGGACCUAUGUCUCAAUACCACUUACUUCAAGCACAAGGACGUUUUCUAUAGACAAAAACAUGGCUGUGCCAUGGGUUCGCCUGUGUCUCCAAUUGUAGCGAACCUUUACAUGGAAGAAGUGGAAAAGAAAGCCCUGGACACCUUCAAGGGAACAACACCAAGUCAUUGGUUCAGAUAUGUGGAUGACACCUGGGUCAAAAUUAAAGAACGCGAGGUUCCAGCCUUCACCAAACACAUAAACUCGGUGGACAAAAACAUCACGUUCACAAGGGAAGAUGUGAAAGACAGCAAACUGGCUUUUUUGGACUGUGCUAUAGUUAUCAAAGAGGGGAGGGACCUGGAUAUUGAAGUAUACAGGAAACCCACCCACACAGACCAGUACUUGCUGUUUGAUUCCCACCACCCUUUGGAACAUAAACUGGGUGUAAUUAGGACUCUACAUCAUCGGGCUGAAACUGUGGCAUCCAAUGCAGAGGCCAAGGAGAAAGAAUAUAAACAUCUAAAAGGAGCUCUGAAAACUUGUGGGUACCCAGACUGGGCCUUCAUCAAAACCAAAUCAAAGACCAACAGAAAGACCAAACCUACAAACAGAAGGGAGGAACACAGCAGGCGAAACAACAUAGUCAUUCCAUAUGUUGCUGGAACAUCAGAAAAACUUAGGAGAAUUUUCAACAAACAUCGCAUUCCUGUGUUUUUCAAACCCAGCAACACCCUGAGACAGAAGCUGGUGCACUCGAAAGACCCAACACCCAAGCACAUGAAAAGUAAUGUGGUCUAUGCUGUCCAGUGUAGUGAAGAGUGCUCAGACUUAUACAUUGGGGAGACAAAACAACCUCUCUGUAAGAGAAUGGCCCAACAUAGGCGGGCAAACUCCUCAGGACAAGACUCAGCGGUCUAUCUACACCUCAAAGAAAAAGGUCACUCUUUUGAGGACAGUAACGUGCAUAUUUUGGACCGAGAGGACAGAUGGUUUGAAAGAGGUGUGAAAGAGGCCAUUUAUGCCAACCUGGAAAAACCAUCCCUGAACAGAGGAGGGGGCCUGAGACACCGCUUGUCACCAACA